ACCUUUUCAGUCACGGCGGCCGUAGUAGCACCAGCCGUAGUGAUUUGCUUAAACUCCCCAAUGGCUGUCGAUGAGCGGUUUACCCACACCAACUACGUCACUAAAUCACCAGUAAUUUACAUAAUGAAAUGGCACACUAGAUCCUUGAAAUAACAUAAUUAAAUGACUAAUAAAAUGGACACGGUGGUCAAUGGUUUAGUGGUAUGUGGACCACAGAUUAUAACCCCCUGGAUAAAAGCAGUCGCACGAGUCGCAUGACGACAAGGCACAGUGGAAGUUAGGAUUAAUGGAUUGGUUAGGAUCAGUGGAUCAGUGGAUCAGCGGAUCAGUGGAUCGGUGGAUCGGUGGAUCAGUGGAUCAGUGGAUCAGUGAAACAGGGGAUCGGUGGAUCAGCAGAUCAGUGGAUCAGUGGAUCAGGGGAUCAGUGGAUCAGGGGAUCAGGGGAUCAGGGGAUCAGUGAAACAGUGGAUUGGUGGAUCAGUGGCUCAGUGGAUCAGUGAAUCAGUGAAUCAGUAAAUUAGUGGAUCAGUGGAUCGGUGGAUCAGUGGAUCAGUGAAUCAGUGAAUCAGUGGAUCAGUGGAUCAGUGGAUCAGUGAAUCAGUGGAUUCGUGGAUCAGUGAAUCAGUGGAUCAGUUGAUCAGUCGAUCGGUGGAUGGUGGAUCAGUGGAUCAGUGGAUCAAUGGAUCAGUGGAUCGGUGGAUCGGUGGAUCGGUGGAUCGGUGGAUCGGUGGAUCGGUGGAUCGGUGGAUCGGUGGAUCGGUGGAUCGGUGGAUCGGUGGAUCGGUGGAUCGGUGGAUCGGUGGAUCGGUGGAUCGGUGGAUCGGUGGAUCGGUGGAUCGGUGGAUCGGUGGAUCAGUUGAUCAGUGGAUCAGUGGAUCAGUGGGUUAGUGGAUCAGUGGAUCAGUGGAUCAGUGGAACAGUGUUACCUAGGACUUGUAGGUAGCAGUUGUCGCGUAAGAAAUGACAACAGUAGACAAAGGUAAAUUGUGUAUUCUUUUCACACCUUUAUAACUCUCUUCCUACUCAACAAGAUCGUGUGCUCCCUGUGCUGCUACCCACGUAUGUGGUAGCUUGUGGUAGCAGUCAUCAUAAAAUGGAAAAAAUAUCCUGAUGAAAGACGGCCAAAACGGUCGACGUAGCAACGACAGAUAUGAGUGUAUGAUUUACGAGUUUAUUGACAAAGAUAGUGGAGACAAUAACAACAGGAACAAAAUAAACGGGAAUGAGUAACACUGAAAUACAAUAAACAAACUAAAAUAAGCCUAAUGCUAAUAAAGAGUAAAACUAAACAAAAUAAGCUAACUUAAUUUGAUGCAAAUAACAAGACAAUUGCAAUAGGAAGAUUGCAUGACAAAAAUAA